AUGACGAUCGAAGAUUCCAAUACAAUUGAUAACAAACCAAAUGGUGGAAAAUCAACAAAGAAGAAUUUUUUUGUUAUCUCCAUAACUUUUAUUCUUAUUUUCACUUCUUAUAAUGCUGUGACUAAUUUACAAUCCAGUGCUAAUACUGAUGGAAAUGCUGGUCUUUAUUCCUUAGCAAUCAUUUCUGGAUGUUCGGCUUUCUCGUGUCUCUUUUUAACAAAUCCAAUUAUUUUCUUAGCUGGUUAUAAAUGGACAAUUUUCAUUGCACAAAUUGGUUUUCUUCUUUUCAUUGCUGCAAAUAUUUAUCCAAAAGUAUGGCUUAUGUAUCCAACAUCGGUUUUUUGUGGUAUUUUUCAAGCUGCAUUCUGGACCGCUCAAAGUGCUUAUAUUGCUGAUUUAGGCAAAACGGAUAAAAUUGGAGAGGAAGAAGCAAAGGAAAAUAAAUAUUUUGGUAUUUUCUAUGCAACAUUUCAAACCAGUGAAGUUUGGGGAGAUUUAAUUACAUAUCUUGUUUUACGAAAUGGUAGAAAUGAUUCUAUACAAAAAGAUAUUAAUCUAUGUGGCGCAAACUAUUUGGAAAGUGAAGAACAGUCAUUAAACAAUGAUAGCAAUAAAAUAUCCCUUAAUACAGCUUCGAUACUGUAUGGAAUAUUCGUAGGUUUAAUUGUUAUUUCACUCUUUCUUGUGGCUUUAUUUCUUGAUCAAAAACGACAUUUAAAACGUAACUGA